AUGUUUGUGUGUGAGAGAGCGGGAGGGAGAAAGAUUACUCAACUGUCCUCUGAUACUCAUAAGCUGUCCUCUGAUACUCAUAAGCUGUCCUCUGAUACUCAUAAGCUGUCCUCUGAUACUCAUAAGCUGUCCUCUGAUACUCAUAAGCUGUCCUCUGAUACUCAUAAGCUGUCCUCUGAUACUCAUAAGCUGUCCUCUGAUACUCAUAAGCUGUCCUCUGAUACUCAUAAGCUGUCCUCUGAUACUCAUAAGCUGUCCUCUGAUACUCAUAAGCUGUCCUCUGAUACUCAUAAGCUGCCUUCUGAUACUCAUAAGCUGUCCUCUGAUACUCAUAAGCUGUCCUCUGAUACUCAUAAGCUGUCCUCUGAUACUCAUAAGCUGUCCUCUGAUACUCAUAAGCUGUCCUCUGAUACUCAUAAGCUGUCCUCUGAUACUCAUAAGCUGUCCUCUGAUACUCAUAAGCUGUCCUCUGAUACUCAUAAGCUGUCCUCUGAUACUCAUAAGCUGUCCUCUGAUACUCAUAAGCUGUCCUCUGAUACUCAUAAGCUGCCUUCUGAUACUCAUAAGCUGUCCUCUGAUACUCAUAAGCUGUCCUCUGAUACUCAUAAGCUGUCCUCUGAUACUCAUAAGCUGUCCUCUGAUACUCAUAAGCUGUCCUCUGAUACUCAUAAGCUGUCCUCUGAUACUCAUAAGCUGUCCUCUGAUACUCAUAAGCUGUCCUCUGAUACUCAUAAGCUGUCCUCUGAUACUCAUAAGCUGUCCUCUGAUACUCAUAAGCUGUCCUCUGAUACUCAUAAGCUGUCCUCUGAUACUCAUAAGCUGUCCUCUGAUACUCAUAAGCUGCCUUCUGAUACUCAUAAGCUGUCCUCUGAUACUCAUAAGCUGUCCUCUGAUACUCAUAAGCUGUCCUCUGAUACUCAUAAGCUGUCCUCUGAUACUCAUAAGCUGUCCUCUGAUACUCAUAAGCUGUCCUCUGAUACUCAUAAGCUGUCCUCUGAUACUCAUAAGCUGUCCUCUGAUACUCAUAAGCUGUCCUCUGAUACUCAUAAGCUGUCCUCUGAUACUCAUAAGCUGUCCUCUGAUACUCAUAAGCUGCCUUCUGAUACUCAUAAGCUGUCCUCUGAUACUCAUAAGCUGUCCUCUGAUACUCAUAAGCUGUCCUCUGAUACUCAUAAGCUGUCCUCUGAUACUCAUAAGCUGUCCUCUGAUACUCAUAAGCUGUCCUCUGAUACUCAUAAGCUGUCCUCUGAUACUCAUAAGCUGUCCUCUGAUACUCAUAAGCUGUCCUCUGAUACUCAUAAGCUGUCCUCUGAUACUCAUAAGCUGUCCUCUGAUACUCAUAAGCUGUCCUCUGAUACUCAUAAGCUGUCCUCUGAUACUCAUAAGCUGUCCUCUGAUACUCAUAAGCUGUCCUCUGAUACUCAUAAGCUGUCCUCUGAUACUCAUAAGCUGUCCUCUGAUACUCAUAAGCUGUCCUCUGAUACUCAUAAGCUGUCCUCUGAUACUCAUAAGCUGUCCUCUGAUACUCAUAAGCUGUCCUCUGAUACUCAUAAGCUGUCCUCUGAUACUCAUAAGCUGUCCUCUGAUACUCAUAAGCUGUCCUCUGAUACUCAUAAGCUGUCCUCUGAUACUCAUAAGCUGUCCUCUGAUACUCAUAAGCUGUCCUCUGAUACUCAUAAGCUGUCCUCUGAUACUCAUAAGCUGUCCUCUGAUACUCAUAAGCUGUCCUCUGAUACUCAUAAGCUGUCCUCUGAUACUCAUAAGCUGUCCUCUGAUACUCAUAAGCUGUCCUCUGAUACUCAUAAGCUGUCCUCUGAUACUCAUAAGCUGUCCUCUGAUACUCAUAAGCUGUCCUCUGAUACUCAUAAGCUGUCCUCUGAUACUCAUAAGCUGUCCUCUGAUACUCAUAAGCUGUCCUCUGAUACUCAUAAGCUGUCCUCUGAUACUCAUAAGCUGUCCUCUGAUACUCAUAAGCUGUCCUCUGAUACUCAUAAGCUGUCCUCUGAUACUCAUAAGCUGUCCUCUGAUACUCAUAAGCUGUCCUCUGAUACUCAUAAGCUGUCCUCUGAUACUCAUAAGCUGUCCUCUGAUACUCAUAAGCUGUCCUCUGAUACUCAUAAGCUGUCCUCUGAUACUCAUAAGCUGUCCUCUGAUACUCAUAAGCUGUCCUCUGAUACUCAUAAGCUGUCCUCUGAUACUCAUAAGCUGUCCUCUGAUACUCAUAAGCUGUCCUCUGAUACUCAUAAGCUGUCCUCUGAUACUCAUAAGCUGCCUUCUGAUACUCAUAAGCUGUCCUCUGAUACUCAUAAGCUGUCCUCUGAUACUCAUAAGCUGUCCUCUGAUACUCAUAAGCUGUCCUCUGAUACUCAUAAGCUGUCCUCUGAUACUCAUAAGCUGUCCUCUGAUACUCAUAAGCUGUCCUCUGAUACUCAUAAGCUGUCCUCUGAUACUCAUAAGCUGUCCUCUGAUACUCAUAAGCUGUCCUCUGAUACUCAUAAGCUGUCCUCUGAUACUCAUAAGCUGUCCUCUGAUACUCAUAAGCUGUCCUCUGAUACUCAUAAGCUGUCCUCUGAUACUCAUAAGCUGUCCUCUGAUACUCAUAAGCUGUCCUCUGAUACUCAUAAGCUGUCCUCUGAUACUCAUAAGCUGUCCUCUGAUACUCAUAAGCUGUCCUCUGAUACUCAUAAGCUGUCCUCUGAUACUCAUAAGCUGUCCUCUGAUACUCAUAAGCUGUCCUCUGAUACUCAUAAGCUGUCCUCUGAUACUCAUAAGCUGUCCUCUGAUACUCAUAAGCUGUCCUCUGAUACUCAUAAGCUGUCCUCUGAUACUCAUAAGCUGUCCUCUGAUACUCAUAAGCUGUCCUCUGAUACUCAUAAGCUGUCCUCUGAUACUCAUAAGCUGUCCUCUGAUACUCAUAAGCUGUCCUCUGAUACUCAUAAGCUGUCCUCUGAUACUCAUAAGCUGUCCUCUGAUACUCAUAAGCUGUCCUCUGAUACUCAUAAGCUGUCCUCUGAUACUCAUAAGCUGUCCUCUGAUACUCAUAAGCUGUCCUCUGAUACUCAUAAGCUGUCCUCUGAUACUCAUAAGCUGUCCUCUGAUACUCAUAAGCUGUCCUCUGAUACUCAUAAGCUGUCCUCUGAUACUCAUAAGCUGUCCUCUGAUACUCAUAAGCUGUCCUCUGAUACUCAUAAGCUGUCCUCUGAUACUCAUAAGCUGUCCUCUGAUACUCAUAAGCUGUCCUCUGAUACUCAUAAGCUGUCCUCUGAUACUCAUAAGCUGUCCUCUGAUACUCAUAAGCUGUCCUCUGAUACUCAUAAGCUGUCCUCUGAUACUCAUAAGCUGUCCUCUGAUACUCAUAAGCUGUCCUCUGAUACUCAUAAGCUGUCCUCUGAUACUCAUAAGCUGUCCUCUGAUACUCAUAAGCUGCCCGAUGGAGACAGCAUUGUCAGUUACCACUACACUUCGCGAUAUCCCUCCACUGGCCCGCACACGUGGUGA